AUGUUCGACGGACUUGCUUACAACCCUCGUCUCGGAAUUAUUGAACCAAUUAAUUUACAUCCUUUAAUGGCAGCAAGAGAUUUAGAUGAAGGAGGACAUGUGGUUCAAACAAUUGUUGAAAAUCUACUGAAUAUAUAUCCUGAGUUUAAAGAAGUUUUAACAGCAACAAACACAACAAUUCGUGAAAACUGUAUAGUGUUUAACACAGAAGAUAAUAUUUUAGACUAUAUGUUCGUUGUUUUAGGUCAGUUAGCUAAGACAAUAAAAGAGAAAGGUAUUGACUCAGUCAUAACAGUUGAAGAUGUAAUGUUAAGAAAGACUUUUGACUCAUUGUUUCAAGAACCAAAAGAAGUAGUUAGUCUUUAUGAAGUUUUGAACGCAAUGCUGACAAAAAUAAAUGAAAGUGACACUGGUAACAUAAGUGAAGCAAAAGUUGUUGAACUUCUUUCACAAAAAGCAGAUAAAAACCAUGUUCAUUAUAUAACUUCAGACGAACAGAUUAUAACAGACUACCAUGGAUAUUUAACACGAAGUGAUGAAGCGAAGACAAAAAAUGUUAAUGAAAGAAGAUAUAAAUACAUUCGUGCUAAAGGUUAUGACAUAAGCUGUACAGUAUGA